UAUUAUAAAUACACAAUAAAAAAUAUAAUAGGAAAGGCGAACAAAGCUGGGAACGGACAGUCGAGUCGUAAGGACUAAGGAUCCAUAUUUGUUUUCUUCAGUAGUAUCGCUCCAGUAUCGAUAAUUGACAUAUCGUAUAACAGGUCAUUUGCGGACCGGGGAUUCCCCGUCAGGAUUCCCCCAAAGUUGGCGCGCAAAUUUACUAGGCCGUGUUCAAUACAGCACCUCCAGCUCCAACAACAACAACUCUGGUAACAUUUACUUUUACGCUGCUUAUUGCCGCAUGUGAUUGUCGUCUCACAGCUAUUCCAUCGACUGCAUGCCGAGGCUACGCAACGCCGACGAAGGCCAGAGACCGUGGCGAUCGAUGCCAGAGGCAAGCAAGUGAGAGCUAGUAGUAUCUGCGUGCGUAUAUGUACAACAACUAGUGAACUACUACUAGUAUAAAUGCACCUGUAGGCUUACUGUACUGUGUCUGUGGGGACUAGGCAGUGCACAGUAAAGCUGCAGUGCAGGCAUGUAUAUUUUUUGUUGUAAUUCUAUGUUCUGAUCGUGCAGUACGUAGGCCUAAGUGAAAAGGAAACACAAGUUCAUGGAAUAGCAAUGGAAACAUCAGCAAGACUUGGAAUUGUUUUUUCCCCACAGCCUCCAGGAUAUGAAACUUUGUCUUUUGUGCCAAUAAUCUUGACGUCUGCACUAUCUAUUGUCCAGGGAUCUGCAGGACUUAGACCACCAAGACCACAGACAGAGCCCUAUCAGAACGGCCUCAAUUUUAGACAGUGCAAGCCAAGUUUAUGGAAGAACAUAUUGAAAACAUCAGCAAGGCUUUUAUUAAAGGAGAUGUUUCCUAUAUAGAUAAGGACUAAGGUGUUCUUGUAGAUCAACCAGGCCUAAGCCUACUAUACUAGUACUACUAUUACUAUUUUCUAGUCUGCACCUCUAUCAAGGAAUCUGUAGGAUGUAGAGAUCACAUCAGCUACAGGCAGAGCCUCUAUCAAAUAAACUCUUCUAUCUCAGAGCACAAUUUUGCAGCAAAUUAGUACAGAAGUUGACACAACCAUAUCAAAACCAUCCUCUUACUCCAUGAAAAUGAAAGAAGUUCUGUAAUCAGAGGUCAACUUCAGUAAUUGAUAAGGCUGAGGGAAUAUUAUCUUCAGAAGUUGGGUCCUUUUCAAAACAGAACAGAAGCAAGGAAUCCAUUAGAAGAACCCAUAUAUAUGGAGGAUAAGAAUUAGAGAAAGUGGACAAGCUUAUAGUGAAAUAAUUGGGUAAGAAAGAAACCGUUGGUGGUAGAAAUUUAAAGAGAUAAAGACAGAUGUUGAAUCAUGAUGAUUCUCUCAAUUUAGACUUUAUGGAUGAUGAUGAUUACAGAUCGAGAGCUGAAGAUGAAGCAGAAUUGAAUGAGAGUUAAGAAGUGGGAGACACCAUGGAUGAUGAUUGUAUCGUGAUUUCUGAUAGUGAGGAUGAUGAGGUAAUUCAAACUGAAUCUGAUAUUGACAGCAUAUCAUUAGCCAGGGACGAUGAAAGCCAUAAGGACGAUGAUGUCAGGAGGGAUUUGCCAUCCACAAGCAAUGGGAGAGGCACAAGGUCAGGAUGUGGGAAAGGUCAUAUAAAGCAGGAAGUUACUUCACUGGCGGGGAAAGAUGGUGCAUUGGAUUCUGAGUCUGAAGUUCAGGCAGAGGAACAGCCCAGUGGUAUUGGAGAAAAAAAUUCUGAGCUGGAUGGUGAUUAUAAUGAUGAAGGACAAUCGCGAAAUCAAACACAUCAUAAUGAACCAGGAAAUAUUAGUGGAGACGUUAGUUACGCUGGUGACAUCAAAGGCAACGGAAUGACUCUGGGAGAUCUUUGGAAGGAAUCUCAGUCUUACAGUCAAGUGGAGGCUGUAGAAUAUAAGUUUGAGGAUAGGCUGUCAUGGGACACAGCAGACUGCAGCAGCCCAGAUAUUUUUCAAUCUCUGGAGUCACCGUUGCCUCAGGUUUCAUCACCGGGAUCGCCCAGUUCCGUUCCGUCUCGGGAAUCGCCGUUGCCUCAGGUUUCACCAUCAGCUGUUCACAUUUCUUCAGGUGUUGUCAGAUCCAUUGACCGUGACAGGUUGCCUCUUAAAAAUCCAACUUCCAUGUUGAAUGAAGGUUCAGAAGAAGAGCCUAUGGAUACUGUCAGUGAUGAGGACAUUCACAAACUAAGAAGAUACCUUGUCAGCACAAAAGCUCCAGUGGUGUCCGAGAGUGAGACAGACUCUGAUGAAACAUGUAUUGAAGAUGAUGACUUGAAUCCAUCGUCUAGUCAAGCUGGCAGUAUCAAGUCAGAACCCCCAAGCUCAGAUGAAACCACGAUUUACAGUAAUGAUGGAGAUGAUCAUGGCCACACUGAUACACAUCCCUUCUCACCUAUUCUUGAUGCAGGGGAUGAAGUAGACGUUAAUGAAAUAACUGAGGGUUUUGAUACACAGCCUUUCUCACCUAUUCUUGAUGCAGGGGAUAAGGCAGUCAUUGGUGAAACAACUGAGGGUUUUAAUACACAGCCCUUCUCACCUUUUCUUGAUGACGAAACUGAAGAUUCUUUAAGUGAUGCAAGUGAAGAGUUCCCUACCUCUGACACGAUUGUUCCAAGAGAUUCCCCAUCACACUUGUUAGAGGAUAAGGAACAUGAUCGUAGGGAAGCUGCUGACCUAGAACCUAAGGACCUCUUCCCAUCAGACUCUCACAUAAGCUGUCAAAGCCCUGAUAAAGAAAUCCACCAACCUCAAAGGGGUGAUGCAGGUUCAGAAACUUCUUCAAGCCACGGAAGUAAAUCGCCACGGUUGCAAAGAGAGGAUGACUCUCAUGGACACUAUUUUCCCACAGAUUCUCAGUUGAGUAUUAGCCUCGACAAUGAGGACUCUGAAGAACUCACCACUCAGCAGCCGCUGCAAAAGCCUCAAGAGGAUGACUCUCUAGGACAGUACUUCCCCACAGAUUCCCAGUUGAGUAUUUGCCUCGACAAUGAGGAUACUGAAGAACUUGCCACUCAGCAGCCACAACAAAAGCCUCUAGAGGAUGACUCUCAAGGACAGUAUUUCCCCACAGAUUCGCAAUUGAGUAUCAACCUGGAUAAUGAAGACAUUAAAGAAAUAGUCAAUCAGCAUGAGAAAGGAACAGUAUUUCAUGGUGAAGAGUCACAAUCAGCUAUGUCCAUUCCUUCCAAACCCAACUCAUCUGGAGGAGUUCUCCCUUGCCAACGAAAUGCAUGGUGUCCCUCAGAGUUGGAUCCACAAGAAAGAUUCUUGUUGCUACAAGAGGGAGAAUCAGAACAUGUGUCUUCUUUCUUGCAAGAAGCUCUAGUUAUGCCUUUCUCUCCCAGUAUGGCCCCAAGCACAUCUACAGCAGCACCUGGCAGCUUAGUUCCCACCAGAAAUAAAAAACACAUACCUAAAAAGAAUAACAGGAUCCGGAGACCUUCAAGAUCUGAACAACUACUGUCAACUAUGAAACAAAGUGAUCAAGAAAAGGAGAAGAAUCCUACCAAGAUGACCAACUCUCUACAUGACAUUCCUGACACUCUAUCUAAGCCACUCAGCUUAAGUUCAAAGGAACCUACAGAAACCCCUUCAGCAGCUAUGAUCCGUUUCGUGCAGGAUUGCCUCCAGCAACCUGCAUCACCAAAUUCAAAUGAGAUGGGCUUGGGGGAUGAAAUGCCAGCAGAUCCUAGAAAUUUGUCUCAUGGUCAUUUAUCAGUUCCAAGUGUUUCCUUUCCUUCAACAAGUUCGUACUCCAGAAACAUCUCUGAAUCCUCAAGAACUGUAAUCGGUGGUCAUGCUGCCUCUUCGGGCACCUCUGAGACGCCCAAUACCAAACCAGACAGGGUAAAACCUACUGGAGAUGAUAGAUCUGCUUGUCCAAGUGACCCUCCACACCCAUCAUUGGUGGCAUCGGACAUUAGGAAACCUCUAAAAGAGAGACGCCACUCGCAGACACCAAGCAUUCCGUCGGGAAACCUAGGGACAGAACUGUCCAAGGUUACUCGGAUCACCAAGGAAUUCAAGGAAGAGGAUGUCUUAUCGUGCGUACUCUCCUGGAACGCUGACUGGUUUGACAAGCACAAAGAAGUACAUUCCGCAGAGAUUUUGCAAUCUUUCUUGAUGGCUAAGGAAGUACCAAGAUACCAUGCAUGCUACCCAGACAUUAGGAGCUAUCAAGAGGCAUUUAUUUGCUUUUUACUCCUGGAGAUGUGGUCAAACGUUUCGAGCUCUGUGGCUAAAGAUUGUGAUAGGACAUGGAGGCAGAACUCUAGGGAGAACAAAAUCUCACAGGACAUCGUUGAAGUGCAAUAUGAAGCGGCUGAUAAUCUGACAGAACCUCACGACCUGAGUGUUUGGGACCUUGUCCUCGUUGACAUGACGACUGACACUGCUUCGGAGAAAAAGUUCAAUUUUGGACUAGUCCUUGAGAUUGGAUUGACAGAUAGAACCGUAUGCCUAGCCCUUCACAAGAGCAUAAUUGUACCCAGCUCAACAAGACUGAAGGUUGUAACAUCACUCGGUCAUUACCUGAAUCAGGUUAGAGCGUUGCUGUCUUUUAACAGCCAUCCUCUCGCAAGGCACAUCAUAAAGCCAGAGGACUCCUCCGUGUUUGUAAAGGACACACAGGUGAAUGCAGAAGGAAGGGUAUCUGACGAUGUGUUGCUAAACUCCUACAUGGAAUCAAUUUCAAGUACCUCAUCACAAUUGAAAGUGAUUCGACUCAUGAUAGGGGCAGCGGGAACGGGAAAGACAGCAUUUUUGUGUCGACUCGUUCGACGGAUCGCAAGAGAACAUAAGAAGAUUCUUAAGACUUUGAAAAAACCUUACAAACUGCUGGUCUGUGCCCCAACCAAUCAGUCGUUAGAUGUCUUGUUGAGGAAGAUAUGGGUGGCUUUGAAGGAUGUACCGACAGCCAGUGGAAGAGAAGCGAUGAAACACAUCGUAGAGGGUGUAGAAAUUGUCCGUGUCAAUGAAACUGGGGAAGCCGAUCUUCGUCUCACAGAGUUUCUACUCUCCACUGUAAUGGCGAGUAAGAGAAAGCAAGGAUCACCCUAUGUUGAGCUGUCUGAAGAUGGCCUUCAAACUAAAAUACUUCAGCAAGCUGAUAUUGUGGGGUGCACGCUUGAAGAUUGUGGAUUAGAGAUCGUAAGAAGCAGCUUGGCAGGAAAUGUGUUUGCACUCAUUGUGGAUGAUGCCGGCCAUUGUUUGGAAACUGAGAUUCUCCUUGCCCUUCAGUGUAAAACUAAGCGUGUGUUCUUGGCAGGCGAUCAAGAACAGGGCAUUGUUAGCAUUCGCUCAAAGGCUCGGGCUUGGGGCUUCGGUCAUUCCAUGUUAGACAGGCUGGCUAAGAAUUUCAAGAUAGAGGACAGACGUAUGCACAGAUGGAAGGUCCAAUACCGCAUGAAGGAAGAUAUUGCAAAAUAUCCAUCGUCUGUUAUGUACUCAAACAGACUCGAGACUCGGGAUAAGCACCUGCCCUUCUGUCUUCGUCCAUAUAUCAUCUUUGACGUGGCUGAUGGAAAAGAAUCUUUACAGAGAGAUUCAGUUGUCAACACCUCUGAGGUUUCAUUCAUCGAGCUCCUGAUUUCAGGUUUCCUUAAACUAAGAGAACGCUUCACCGUAGGCAUAAUCACCCCCUCUGAAGGACAAAAGGGAAAACUUCUAGAAAGAUUGCAAGGGAAGAACAUUCCUGGCCUGCUUGUUGGAACCCCUACAAAUUUCUACGGCUUGGAGAAAGAUGUCAUCAUCCUGUGUUGCACCAGCACCUCCAGGACACCUAAAGAGAAUGGAUUCGUGAUGAACAAACAGGUCUUGAAUCUAGCUUUGACUCGAUCCAAGUUCAGCCUCAUCAUCGUUGGCAACAUGAAGAGUUUACAGAAGAUGAGCGGCAACUGGAAAUCCUUGGUAGAUGAUGCUACCGGUAGACAGCUUGUCUUCAGGACUUCGCAGGCUUCCUACAGUAAAGAUGCCAAGGAGUGCCACAGUAAGGAUCCCAAGGACAGUCUAAAUGUCAAGGCUUCAAGCAAAGGGGUGGAGGAGAACAGAUCGCCAAGACAUAAACAUGUAUCUGGCGAUGCUGGAAUAGAUAACAGGGGCAAGAGGCGGGUGCACCCUGAUCCAGGGACAGAGGAUCAUGGAACAGCAGCGAAGGUCCCAAGGUCAUGCAGCUCCGUCCAAGGCGAGUCCUCCUCUAGCGGGAAAUCAUUUGGUAGAAUUAGAGACUCUGCACAACCUCAAAGCAUACUGAAGAAGCCUGACGGAAGCUUAGCAAAUUCAAGUCAUGGAGAGGAUAGAGGUGUCAUUGUACCGGUACACCAGGUGCAUCACAACCGAAUGAGCCACAGUCAAUCAGUUGCAAGUACAGCCCCACGCAUAUCUGCCAGCAGCAGUAGUACCUAUAGUCCUCAAAGACAGAGGAGGAAUAGCUCGGGUCUUGAUGCUAGCCUUGACACACAGGAUGGGAAGAGUUUACAUGUAAUUGCUACAGGAAUGAGGGACAAUGAGAGGCUUCCCAGGCAGCAGAAGGGUCAAAUUAUAGCAGGUCAUACUGUUGGCAAACAGAAACCCCAGAGUUCAAGGAGAAUGGAAACCAUCGAGCAUGGUAGGAGAGAAAGGAGACCAUCUGGUGAAGUCACUGGUGAAGGGACUUCUCGACGUAGAAACAGUUCUAAAGGAAACGAAACGGGACAAAAUCAGAGCCGUUCCUAUCAGCAGUGGCAAAACAGGUCAGAUCAACAACCUCAGUGUAAGAGCCGUCAACAACAAGUAAGUUCAGGGAGACAGGAGCAUGAUAGGAGGGAAAGGAGACCAUCUGGUGAAGUCACUGGUGCAGGAACUUCUCAACGUUGGAAUGGUUCCAAUGGAAAUGAAACGGGACAAAAUCAGACUAAUGACCAUCAGCAACAUCAAAACAGGUUCGAUCGAGGACCUCAGCAUCAACGCCAUCAACAACAAGUGAGUUCAGAGAGACAAGAGCAUGAUAGGAGGGAAAAGAGACCAACUGGUGAGGCAACUGGUGCAGGAACUUCUCAACGUUGGAAAGGUUCUAAUGGAAAUGAAACAGGACACAAUCAGCAACAGCAAAACUGGUCAUAUCGACGACCUCAGCAGUGGCGUCGUCAACGACCACAACCCUAUCAGCGAACAGUUUCCCUGAACCAACUUGCCAACAAUCCAGUACAGCUUGAUCGAAACAUGCUCCAUAACAGGACAGUUAAUGAGGCGUAUGGGGGUCGUUCUACUGCCCUGACUGAGCCUCGGCCAAAUAUCAGGGGGAGGAAACGCUCCAACUCUGUCAAAGAACGCCAGAUGAAUAAUUACCCAUAUUGAAUACAUUUACACAGCCAAACAUCAUGAAGAAGAAAGAAAUGCUCCCUCUCUGUUAAGAAUGUGAGAUGGUAUUAAACGAAAAUGACAUGAAUAGAAAUAAUUGUAUGAAUAAUGAUGAUGAUAAAGAUAACAAUGAUACUUGGUAUAAACAUGUAUAAAGUUCCAUGUAUCUAUUAUGCAAAAUGCUCAGGGCACUGGUCAUUCAUGUACAUAAAAACAUCUUCUAUUGAUUGAAAGUUGUUUUGAACAUCUUUAGUUUUGAUAGGCAAGAUUUCAAAGGAUUAAAAGAUAAAACAUGUCUUCCGUUGUUCCAAACGUUUGAUCCAGCAAGUACAAAUGAUCAAUCUCUGUGAUUUUCUAGUUAUCAGUACUUGUACAAGAAGUAGAAAAGAUUUUGGUAGUCUUGGGCAGUAAGGGAGGAUGGUGGAAAAUGAAAAAAGUAGAAUUGUACUUAAGAGAGACUGAAACGAUGAACUUGCACAGCAUCAUCUCAUGCUUAACCAAAUAAACUCUUAUGUUACGUAGUGAAGAAUUUAGAGGAACCAACAGUGCAGUGAUUUACGGGACGAUACUGCUACAGCUGACCUGAAAUGGCGUUAGAGAAACGCUUUUAGUGCAGCACCCCUUUAAGUUGUUAACUGCAUAUGUUUUUAAUAAACAACAGAUUCACCAAAACUUGCUGAUUUAAUGGGCUAAAAAAUGGCACAAUAAAUCAGAGAACUUAUAAUGACAGAACAGCAAGUCUAUUGAUAUCCUUGGAAAGUAUGAAUGCAACAGUAUAGUCCAAAAGGGGGAGGAAAUACUGAGAAAAUACCGAGAGGCUAUACAGGCGCGGAUCCAGGAUUUCUUAGGGGAGGGGGCCCAACUUUUUUGUUU